CUUAAUACUUCGCGUCCUUGGACGCGACGACGUAUGGCUCAAUGUCUGUAUAUCUCGGAGAUACAGUUAUCUGUCUUUUAUUGGAUUUUUGUCCUUGACACAAGCCGCGGAAAACAUGUCUCUCAAGCUACUCUUGCUGCUCUCGCAAGGACUUGUCGUACUUUUCAUGAUGUAGCUUUGGAUGUCCUCUGGCAACAAUUUGGCACUAUCGCGAGAGCGAUUCAGUGUAUGCCACAUGAUUUGUGGGGCGGAGACUCUAGCAGGUCUCAGUCAGGCUGUAUUCAUUUAAAACUUCAUAGGAACUUGACCAAAGAUGACUGGAAUAUCUUCCAUAAGUAUGCUUUACGCAUACGUCACAUCAGUCUUGCCAAUCAGGACAUACGCCGCAGGAAAACAUUGAUGGUUGACAUUGACGAUGAAUUACUCGUUUCUCUCGCCUCUAUGGAUCCCAUCCAACCGUUGCUGCCAAAUCUCACAUACCUUGAGUGGCUUAUCUAUGACGAGGGCGACUUGAGGCUCAUCAGUCGAAUUAUGACCAAGUCCCUCACUUCUCUUUUCCUUGAGGUCUGGGCCAUCUCGCCACUUCCUAGCCUGCAACAGUUCAUCUCCUCGAUUGCCCCUGCGUGUCCCUCUUUACGACAAUUGACCGUACAUUCAGUAGCCCUUUCAAAUCAUCUUCGCGACUCCGUUUCUCAAACUCUUUGCCACCUGCCCCAUCUCACUACAUUACACUGCGGAGUCCUCGAUGCCCAAGUUUUGGACCAUUUGUCACGCCUACCGUCUCUGGUAGAGCUUAAAUUUGCUCUCCAGCCAAAUAUCGAAUUCCAGAACGAGCUUCCGUUUCAACACCUUCAAGUACUUGGCGUGCAUGCACAAAACAUCACAUCUGCUGUCGACCUCGUGAGCAGAAUGCGGAACAACCUUACAAACCUCUCGAUCUGCAGCGAUGACCAUACAGGAACAUUCGUUUUGGCACAAUUGUUUCGUCGCCUCUCCACUUCCGUCAAUCACUACUCCCUUCGUCACCUCCAUAUCAUGGUUGCAGAACGCCCUCCACAUCGCAUGUUUGACUCAAUCCCUGUCAUGAAGCUGGAGGAGCUCCACCCGCUUUUGUCAUUCAAACGAUUAACGCACGUACAUCUUGAUGUUGGGUGUGGGAUCUCUUUGGAUGAUGUCGCCGCUUUGGAACUGGCACAGGCAUGGCCAGAUAUCGUGCAUCUCGUGCUGAACAAAUUUCUAGACAAUCCUCUGCCGUCGUCGAUGACUCCAAUUGGACUAAUGUGUUUCCUCAAGCACUGCCCCAACUUGACGGAGCUAACACUUGAAAUCGAUUUUUCUUUGGUUGAAGAACAAGACGAUCAGUCCUGGGUCGGAGAUGUUACCCACCAGCACCUUUCUACCCUCGAUGUUACUUAUUCGAAAAUCCACGAUGCAGCAAAAGUGGCUGCAUUUUUGGCUGGUGUCAUACCGCGUACAGCUCAUAUACGAUACUCGUGGAUACAUGCACUGGACGAUCAACGGGAGUAUGCAGAGAAGUGGCACGAGGCCUCGAAACUCUUGCACGCGGAAGAAGAGGAGCAGCUUUUAAUCACUUGUUAGGCAAUUUAGAAGAGGACAUCAAUCUAGGUAUAUAUACCUCAAUCCGCACAUUUAUAUACAUACUAUACAUUCAACUUACAUACUCUUUGGAAUAUUCAGUCUGUAUCAUAGUGGUUUCAUAUGCAGGGGAUGAUCUUUCAUUUGCUUACGUCAUAGCACCUUCGACUUAACUUGAACCUCGUCUUGAAGAACAGUUCUCCUAAUGAGCGGACUAGCCGACGAA